AUGAAGGAUGCUGUCGCUGUUCAUCAAUCGCUGAGCGAUGCACCGUGCAUUCGACUGCAUAAAGCAUCGUUGGAGAAACCCUAUUCAAUGACAGAUCUGCCGAAUGUCGAUCUGUUCGAGGUGAAAAUACGCUGUGACGUCACACCUCAACUGAACACCGAUGAGCGAAAGCAGGAAAUUCGUCAAAUUGAGUUCGCUUCAGCGCUUGGAAUCUUACUGGUACUGUCUCACAGAGUUUUAUACGACAUUGAAAUCGAUUCAUUUCAGGUUGUUUCAAGUCGAUCAUCAGUACAAUGCACCGCUGUAAAUUCAAAUCCGAUAGUUGAUGAUCCAUUUUGUCUACAAAUAGCAGUUGCAACAACACCUAAGCAGCUACAUAUCUACGAACGUCGUAACAGUAAGAUGGAAUUACUUCAAAAGCUGAAUACGGAUGGGGAUGUGACUGCGAUGUCAUUUUCACGCCUUGAAGACUCACGUGUGUAUCAGACUCUUGACGCUGCAGAAAUUGGAGUGUUGUGCUCACUGGAUGGUUCAGUUUUUGUUUCUAGUCACUUCAUUCUGUACGAAGUUAGUAUGAUAACCGUGGAGAAACAGGCUGAUGCCCUCUUCGAGCAUGGUAAGUUCGAUGAGGCUAUAUCUUUGUAUGAGAAGAAGCUGCGCAAUCCAGAAGCUGUGUUCUCUCUUGAUAAUUACAAUCCAGAUUACCGGCAAUGUGCUGAAUUCCUACAGUCUUUUGGAUAUUAUCACUGUGCUGCGAAAAUGUGGCUCUUGGCAAGAGAGAGUUCGAAGGCUUGGGAAAUCUGGCGACAUCUCUCUUACGGGGAGUUUAAAGACGCAACAUUCGAACUUGACGAUGUGGUGGGUCGUAUCCCAUCUGUCACCGACAAAAAGCUUCUAUUUGAUGUUCUGUUGUGGCUCAUCCCGCUCUCACCUAAACAGUGUAUCAAGAUUACCGUGGAUAAUUCAUUGUUGGAUCACAAAGCGAUGAAGGAAGUACUUCGUGGUGAUGCCAAGCUUCUUCGUAUUUAUUUGGAAAUGAUUCCUCUCACUGACGAAGUUACAAAAGACUUAUGCAAUAUUUAUGUCAAUGAUAUAGUUGCUGGAGAUUUGAGUUGCCGUCAUCGCUUUCGGCAUCUGCUCAUGAACAUUAGCGCUUCGGAUCGAUGUGUUAUGUAUGAUCGCCUUCCUUUGGAAUAUGGAGUCGAACGCUUGCUUUGUGACAGUAGUCUAUCUGCCGCUGAUAUUCUAGAGAAAGUUGUUGUCACUUAUCGUGACUAUGAUGCUGCUGAAUUAAUCUGUUCGCAUUACUCGUCUACGCAACCCGAUGUGUGCCUCCGUCUUCUCAAAUUCUUAGAGGACAGUGACGUCGACGAUGCUAAAUCGCGAAUGUGUUCCUUGUUGAAAUGUAUGGGUGACAGUGUUGAGUCAAGGAUGAUCAUUACUGCGUUACCAGAAUCAGCAGGAAUUGACCAGGUGGCAUCCUUCUUGAAGCGAGCGAUUGCGAAGAAGCAGAAGGAACAUCAUAUGAUGAGAUCUAAAAUGUGUCUACUAGAAAGAAGAAUAGAAAUAGACAAGCUUAGAGUGCCAAACGAUAAGAUUGUGAUAAAGGAUAAGACCAUCUGUAUGGUGUGCAAAGAAGCUUUAUCAUCUAGUGAUGUACUUACAUACUUGAGAACAGGUUAUGUCAUACACAGUAAAUGCUUGAGAUAUGAAAAUCUGUGUCCAAUUACAAAUUCCGUCCUCAUACCACCAAAGUAA